CGGAAGCGCGGCCUCCUCCCGCCCCCGGCUCUUCCGGAUCGCUUCCGGUUAGACCCCACCCGGCCGCCAGACCGGAAGUGCCGGGGUCUCUGACAGGAGCCAGUACCCUCAGCUCGCCCGGAACCCAGGCCCGGCCGCCAAGAUGCCGGCGUACCACUCCUCUCUCAUGGACCCUGACACCAAACUCAUUGGAAACAUGGCACUGUUACCCAUUAGGAGCCAAUUUAAAGGACCAGCUCCAAGAGAAACAAAAGACACAGAUAUCGUGGAUGAAGCUAUCUAUUACUUCAAGGCCAAUGUCUUCUUCAAAAACUAUGAAAUUAAGAAUGAAGCUGAUAGGACAUUGAUCUACAUAACUCUUUACAUUUCGGAAUGCUUAAAGAAACUCCAGAAGUGCAACUCAAAAAGCCAAGGAGAGAAAGAAAUGUAUACAUUGGGAAUCACUAAUUUUCCUAUUCCUGGAGAGCCGGGUUUCCCUCUUAAUGCAAUUUAUGCCAGACCUGCAAAUAAGCAAGAAGAUGAAGUGAUGAGGGCCUACUUACAGCAGCUGCGGCAAGAAACUGGGCUGAGGCUUUGCGAGAAGGUCUUUGAUCCUCAGAGUGACAAACCAAGCAAGUGGUGGACUUGCUUUGUGAAGAGGCAGUUCAUGAACAAGAGUCUUUCGGGGCCUGGGCAGUGACCGGAUCUUGUGCAAUCAUUCCCACUGCAGCAGCAUCCAAUGUUUGGCAACAAGAUGUACACAGUUCUUGGCCUUUGUUUCGUAAAAUUUUAUACCAAGGAAGAAGAGACAUGUCCUUACUGGAAAUGCCCCUUAUUAAGGAUUAAGGGGUUUAAGGAUCACUGAGAAUUUUUGCAGUGUUAAGCUGGUGCUUAAUGACAAUAAAAAAGAUUUCUAACA